AUGUUUAGAGAAACAGGAUUGCCGGCAACUUCUGGAGGUCAAGGACCACCAGGACCGAAGGGUCCUGCAGGUGAACAAGGUGAAACAGGAGAAUUGGGCAAUCCAGGCAUUGAUGGAGAGGCUGGGGCUGCGGGAGAGCCUGGAGAGGUUGGAGAGCCUGGUUUGGCUGGAAUUCCAGGGCCGAAAGGACCAAAUGGAGAUUCGGGAGAAAAUGGAGAACCUGGAGAAGAUGCUGCGUAUUGUCCUUGUCCAAGACGUGCAAAAUUAGUUGUAGAAAAAUAAGCAUUAAAGAAAUUAAGGGGGAGCCAAUAAAGAAAAUAAUUAGAUAAAGAUGUACACUCUGUCCCAAAAAUAUACAUC